GGGGCGCCGCGCCGCCGCAAGCUCUACUGUGCCACCAAGUACCACCUGCAGCUGCACCCCAGCGGCCGCGUCAACGGCAGCCUGGAGGACGGCGCCUACAGCAUCCUGGAGAUCACCGCUGUGGAAGUGGGCAUUGUGGCCAUUAAGGGGGUCUUCUCGGGCCGGUACCUGGCCAUGAACAAGAGGGGACGUCUCUAUGCUUCGGAGAGCUACAGCGCCGAGUGCGAGUUCGUGGAGCGCAUGCACGAGCUCGGCUACAACACGUACGCCUCCCGCCUGUACCGCACGGUGCCCAGCGGGCCGGCGGCGCGGCGCCCGCCCGGCGCGGGCGAGAGACUAUGGUACGUGUCCGUCAACGGCAAGGGCCGAGCAGACCUGUGCCGCUGGUUGUGUAGCAACUGA